UUUAACCUUUAUGGCUGCUGCAUCCCCAACUGUUGGCCGUUCUGGACUUCAUUGGGCCAAUUCUACGUGUACUGUUUUGACAGGAGAGUGUAUUCGUCAUUCGGAUUCGUUUAGCAAUUUGGUGAAGGAAACAUUCACUUCUGGUCAAAACUUUCGGCAAGGACAGUUUGAGAGUUAUGUCUAUGAAUUGAAGGAAGGCACUCAUUUGGUAUGCUACUCACGUGGAUUUAUUCCUGCUAGUGCUGUGCCUGCCCUUUCCGGUUCUUUGGCAGCUGGUGAUCCUCUUGGGGCUGCCAAACUGAUUUAUACAUAUACAAAGGUUUCAUUCGAGAAUAUGGCUGCAACAUUUCUUGAAUUGUUCCAUCAUUAUAAGACUAAAGUGACAAAAUUUGAGCUUUAA